GCCGCCGUUCAUGUUUCGCUGCCCUGGACGGCGUGCCGUGUCCGUCCCUUUUGCCGGAGCUGUUCUGUGGCGGUGGGAAGCUCGAGCCAAUCGCGGAAACGGCGGGGGACCACCGCCCCUUUUCCUAUGCGGCAUGCGGCGUGCACAUUCCAUCCCAGGGGACGGCGCUAGUGGGCUGAUUCGUCCGUCGUAAUGGGAGGCACCUGUGGACGUCAUUGUGAGAAGGAGCUCCAGCUACCGGUCGCCCGUUUGCCGAGCCAGAGCCGGGACCUGAAGCUUGGAGCUACGGUUUUCUUUUUUUUGGGUGUGUCCCGCGCUUCAACGUCACUUUUCCACAACCACCACACUGCGUCAUUGUGCCCAAUUGCCGACUAACUGUUUACAAUUGACACAACCAACACAAACAAUGGCGGCGAGCUUGCGCACAAACACUGCGACGACGGCGCUUCGGCCGCUGACCUCGGCGCUGCGACCGGCGGCGGGCCAAACGGCGGCGGCGCAGUACCUCCUCCCCCGUGUUGCGCGACGAUACAAGUCCGGUCCGUACGGAUAUACCCAGGCCAAAGCGCUCGUGUUCUCCAAGGAGGGCGAGCCCAGCGACGUUUUGCAACUACACACGCACUCCAUCUCCCCCUCGAUCCCCUCCUCCGCCGUCCUCCUGCGCGCCCUCGCGGCCCCCAUCAACCCGGCCGACAUCAACACCAUCCAGGGCACGUACGGCGCCAGACCCCCCUUUACGCAGCUCAUCGGCACGCCCGAACCCUCUGCGAUCCCCGGAAACGAGGGCGUCUUCGAGGUCGUGUCGGUCGGGUCCAGGGAUUCCGGGCUGAGCAAGGGCGACUGGGUGAUUCCCAACGCCAGCUCGUUCGGGACGUGGCGCACGCAUGCCGUCGCGGAGGCGAAGGACGUGAUGAAGGUUAGCAAGGAGGGGUUGACGCCGACGCAGGUUGCGACGGUGAGUGUGAACCCGUGCACGGCGUACCGGAUUUUGAGGACGUAUGGGCCGGGGGAGAUUCGUGCGGGGAGCGACGGGGGGAUGAAGGCUCUUGAUCCGGGGAGUGGAGGGUGGUUUAUUCAGAACGGGGCGAAUAGCGGUGUUGGACGCGCGGCGGUGCAGCUGGGUAAGUUGUGGGGGCUGAGGAGUAUCAACGUCGUCCGGGAGAGGGAGACGCCCGAGGAGACGGAGGCGUUGAAGGAGGAGUUGACGGGGUUGGGCGCCACCGUCGUGGUGACGGAGAAGGAGUUUCUGGCGAGGGAGUGGCGCGAUCGGCUUGCGGAGCUGACGCGCGGCGGGAGGGAGCAGGUCGGGCUCGGGUUGAACUGCGUGGGCGGCAAGUCUGCGACGGCGGUGGCGAGGAGUCUGGGGGAGAGCGGGACGAUGGUUUCGUAUGGCGGGAUGGCGAGGCAGCCCGUCAUGUUGCCUACGGGGUUGUUGAUCUUCAAGGAUAUCAGGUUUGUCGGGUUCUGGUUGAGCAAGUGGAACGAGAGGGACCCCACGGGAAGGAAGUUUGCGAUUGAGGACGUGUUGGGGAUGAUUAGGGAGGGACGGUUUAGGGAUGUGCCUGUUGAGGAGGUUCCUUGGAGCUGGGGUACUGAGGAGGGGGUUCUGCAGAGUGCUGUUCAGGGGACGCUUGGUGGGUUUAGGAAGGGCAAGGGGGUUUUUGUUUUUGGGGAGACAUGAGAGGUGUGAUGUGUUGACUGCUGAAGGAUGAGGUUGUGUUUACAGAGGUGGGUGUAGGAUAUGAGAUUAGAGACUGCAGAUGCAGCCUGUAUGACAAGUGGUCUUCCGUGAGAGGUACACCAUGUCGGGCAGGUAGCUUGAAAUCAGGCGUGGGAUACGACCGGAGACACCCAUUGAAGCCAGCUUUGACGAUCUACGCUGACGGCUCAAAGUCUUGAGUGUCGUUAUCAUUGUCUUGUAUCUGGGAGUUGAAAUACGUGAUGUUACUGGAAUAGUGUUUGAGACGGAGGUAUCUGUGCUCAUUGCGAUUCUUCGCUCUCGGGUAUGUCGGUUAUAAGUGUCACCUUAUCAGGAGCGAACAAAACAGGUGAUUCCCCUUCAAGUUCGUAGCGACUUAGUA